AUAUUAUAUUAUAUGGUUGGUUAUUAUCAUUAUUAAUUAAUCAUCACAUAAUGUAUGUUAAACAGAAUGAUUUAGCUUACAAGUUCCUCACGGACUCUCUAUUUUUGACUUUGGAUUUUCAUUACAAAUUUACAACUCUUAUCUCUUUCUAUCUAUAGUUUCAACAUAUUUUGACAUUUCAUUCUUCCUAAGCUACCUUCUCAGGGUAUACUGUGAUGUGGGUUCUAAGAGUUUAUGGAUAUGCUUUGGCAUUUUCAUUUUGUUUCAUCACACUCAUGGCAGCUUCACAAAGAACACAUCCUUCAGAAGUAAAAGCACUGGUAGACAUCAAAAAGAGUUUGAUUGAUCCGAUGGAUAAACUGAGGAACUGGAAUAAGGGUGAUCCAUGUGCAGCAAACUGGACUGGAGUUUGGUGUUUUGAUAAGAAGGGUGAUGAUGGUUACUUCCAUAUCCGUGAACUCUACUUGAUGACUUUGAAUCUCUCGGGAACUCUAGCACCUCAGCUUGGUCUUCUCUCCCAUCUUGAGAUAAUGGAUUUCAUGUGGAACAAUCUGACCGGCACAAUACCAAAGGAGAUUGGCAACAUUAAAUCAUUGAAACUCUUGCUUCUGAAUGGAAAUCAAUUAUCUGGUAGUUUACCAGAUGAGCUUGGCAACCUUUCAAAUAUGAAUAGACUCCAACUGGAUGAAAACCAAUUGUCAGGUCCUGUGCCCGAAUCAUUUGCCAACUUGGUCAAUGUUAGACACCUCCACAUGAACAACAACUCAUUCAAUGGUCAAAUUCCACCCAAACUUUCAAACCUAUCCAAUCUUAUGCAUUUGCUUUUGGACAACAAUAACUUAUCUGGAUAUCUUCCACCAGAAUUCUCGAAGUUACAAAGUUUGGCAAUACUCCAACUUGAUAACAAUAAUUUCAGCGGGAAUGGAAUUCCUUCUAGCUAUGAAACUUUCCCUAGGCUUGUAAAACUGAGUCUAAGAAAUUGCAGUCUGCAAGGACCUAUUCCUAAUUUGAGUUCAAUACCAAGACUUACAUACGUGGAUCUAAGCAGGAAUCAGUUCAGUGGACCUAUACCAUUAUAUAAACUUGCAGACAAUAUGACAACUGUUGAUUUGUCCCACAACAAACUCAAUGGAACAAUUCCACGAGGCGUGGUAUAUCCUCAUCUUCAAAGAUUGCAACUAGAGAACAAUUUACUGACUGGGUCCUUCCCUACUACCAUAUGGCAGAAUAUAUCCUUCAGCAGGAAGGCGAAACUUAUAAUUGAUAUUGGUAACAACUUACUUUCUGACAUUUUUGGAGAUCUGAAUCCCCCGGAAAAUGUAACCUUAAGGCUUUCUGGAAAUCCUGUUUGCAAGAAUUCCAACAUACAAAGAAUUGGCCAAUUUUGUGUUCUUGAAGGGCGUGACAUAGAUGAAGAAUUUGCAAAUUCAACCAUCUGUCCCAGUCAAUCUUGUCCAUUCGACAAUUUCUAUGAAUUUGCACCCUCCCAAAUUCAUUGUUUUUGUGCAGCACCUAUAAGAAUUGGAUAUAGGCUAAAAAGUCCAAGUUUUUCUUACUUUCCUCCCUAUAAAACUCGUUUCGAAUCAUACAUAACUGAUUCCUUAAACUUAAGCAUCUACCAGUUAUCAAUAGAUUCUUAUGAAUGGGAAGAAGGACCUCGUCUUAGAAUGAAUUUAAAAAUUUACCCUUCAUUCAACGAAUCUCACUCCAACACAUUCAGCCCAAACGAGGUCCGUCGCAUUAAUAUCAUAUUUUCAUCAUGGAGAUUUCCUCGCACGGAUUUUUUUGGACCAUAUGAACUCCUGAAUGUCACUCUUCUAGGACCAUAUGCAAAUAUCAUUAUUAAUACAGAGAGCGGAAAGAGAAAAACAGGCAUACUAGUUGCUAUUAUAAUAGCAGCUGUUGCUUGUGUUUUAGCAAUAUCUGCAUUAAUCAUGCUUCUAAUGUUUAGAAGAAAUGUGAAAUACCAGCAUUUGAUUUCCAGGAAGCGUAUGUCCUCUAGUGUAUGUAUCAAAAUAGAUGGUGUGAAAUCAUUCACUUUGAAAGAGUUGACUCAUGCUACCAACAAAUUUGAUAUCUCAAGUAAAGUCGGUGAAGGAGGUUAUGGAAUUGUCUAUAAGGGCAUUUUAUCUGAUGAAACAUUUGUUGCCGUUAAACGAGCAGGAGAAAAUUCAUUACAAGGACAAAAAGAGUUUUUGACUGAGAUUGAGCUUUUGUCAAGGUUGCAUCAUCGAAAUCUUGUCUCACUAACUGGCUACUGUAAUGAAGACGGAGAGCAGAUGCUGGUUUAUGAAUUCAUGCCCAAUGGCACCCUAAGGGAAUGGAUUUCUGGUAAAAGUAAAAAGUGCAAGGAAGGCCUAAGUUUUUUCAUGAGAUUACGGAUUGCAAUGGGUGCCUCCAAAGGCAUACUAUAUCUGCAUACAGAGGCUAACCCUCCUAUAUACCACAGAGAUAUUAAAGCCAGUAACAUACUUCUAGACUCUAACUUUACAGCUAAAGUGGCUGAUUUUGGAUUGUCGCGGCUUAUACCAUACUCAGAUGAAGAUGGUCAUGUACCUAAUUAUGUGUCAACAGUUGUGAAGGGAACACCGGGUUACCUGGACCCAGAAUAUAUGAUGACUCAUAAGUUAACUGAUAAAAGUGACGUAUACAGCCUAGGAAUUGUGUUUUUGGAGCUUUUGACCGGCAUGCAUCCAAUAUCACGUGGGAAAAACAUUGUCCGCGAGGUUAAUCUAGCUUGUCAAUCUGGCAAGAUAGAUUCAAUUAUAGACAACAGAAUGGGCGAAUAUCCACCUGAAUGCUUAGACAAGUUCUUAGCUCUGGCCCUCAGUUGCUGUGAAGACCAUCCAGAAGAGAGACCAUCAAUGAUAGAUGUGGUGAGGGAAUUGGAAGACAUUAUUGCCUUGUUACCUGAAACUGAAAUUAGUUUAUCAGAUGUUUCCUUAGAUAAUUCUGGUAAAAUGGCACCGCCGUCUUCAUCAUCAUCAUCUGCAACAACAUCAGGAUUCAUUACGACAAGAAAAGACCAACAGCACAUGUCUUCAUAUGUGUCAGGAAGUGAUCUUGUCAGUGAUGUCAUUCCGACUAUUGUUCCUCGUUGAUACCUUACUAUAUUAGUCUCGCUCACAUGUUCCAAAAAAAAUGUAAUUAUAAUUUAUACCACAUUUAAGUAUAUAUAUUUUGACAUUAAGAUUUUGAUAAUACCAAAGGUAUAGAAAGUCUAUUAGGGACUUAGUUAUUGUUUCCCAUCCUACAUAGAACUUUGUAAAUUUUGUAAAGUGUAAACAAAUUUGCUGGAAAAAAGAAGAAAAAUAACAUUAUCAAGACAUGAUCGAUCUACCAACCGUGUUUGUGUGGUUUGUUCAAAUCAUGGAAGCACAUACUUUUAUUUUCACAGUUACAAAGACUGAUGCAAUUCUAC